CAUGUUAUUAAGUUAAAUAUUAUGUCUUAUUUCAUUAUCAUAUACGUAUCUUGUCUAUGAUAAAAGCACAAAUGAAAAGUAAUUACUGAUAUCAAAAUACUUGAUAAAUGUUCAAGUACUUUAUUUCUACUAAAACGUUUAGAUAUCUAAGUAACUGUUACUUAAGUAGAAAUGAUUUCCUUUGUUUACUAAGAACUAAUAUCGUUAAUAUGUCUAAUUGCAAAAUAAUCAUUAAUAUUUUAUGUUUAAUUUUUAUUGCUAAAGCAAGUAGUGAUGAAGGCUACAGGGGAUCAAACAAUUUCGAUGUUUUAAUUUUUACUCAAAGAUGGCCUCAAACUGUUUGUUAUACAUGGAAGGCAAGUUCACCAUCGCACACAUGUUCGUUACCAAAAGAACAUGAUGAGUGGACAAUCCAUGGCAUUUGGCCUUCUCAAUAUCAUAAAGUGGGUCCACAAUUUUGUAAUAAAUCAAUGCCAUUUAAGCCAGAUGCUUUGAAGUCAUUAAAAGGAGAAUUACAAGAAAAGUGGAUAGAUGUAGAAUAUGGAAGGACAUCGUAUUCUCUUUGGGAACACGAAUGGAAAAAACAUGGUACUUGUGCGGUGGUUCUGAAGCAAUUAAACAGCGAGGUCAAAUAUUUCGCUGAAGGUUUGAAUUUACUGGCAAAGUAUGAUAUGAAGAAUGUGUUAGCAAAAGUCAAUAUCGUACCUGGGCAAAAAUAUGGCACAAACGCUAUUUUGAAUGCUAUCAGAAAAGUAUUAGGUAAACGAGGCGUUGUAAUCUGCAGAAAAAACAAGAAUACUGGAGAAUCAUAUAUAUUGGAAAUACGAAUAUGUUUUAAUAAGAUGUUACAAUUGAUGGACUGCGAUGGAAUUUCCGAAUAUCCUACGAACUGUGACGCCUCUGAACUCGUAACAUAUCCUAGUAUAGUACCACGAUAUAAUGUAGUACAAGUAUAAUUAUAGUAUAAAUUAAGCAAUAUAAGGUGUAUGGAAAAUUAUAUACAAAUAUAUAAUACAGUAUACAAAUCGAUAUAUUCCAAUAUAUAUUUUGUAUCUCUAAAGGAAUUAAAGAUUUAAAACAAUCA